GUUGUGACGGCGAAACGUCGGCUCCGGGUGAACGAGAGUUCUGACAGCAGCGAAACAGUUAAAUGGUAGUUAGCGACAGUUGCUCUGACAAACCCUUUGAGCAGUAACAAGUGUUUACUGUUCGGAAGUGUUACUUUUCAUUUGCGAGAGUUUGUUGUCAGACUCUUAACUUUCUUUAGUGAUUUCUGGAAUACGUAUAUUUAGUUUAAAUUGAGUUUACCGUAUUUUAACGAACUUUUGAAGCUCAGUUUUGAGAGCAACCACAUUGUGUAAAAUGUGUUAAAAGCGGAGCCAUCGGAGCGGAACAUCAGGAUGACGGAGUCAGCGGAGCGGAGCCAUCACCUGAAAACUUCAGGCAGCCCAUCAGGUGGAAGCAGCGGAGACGCGUUGGAGCAUCUCCCAGACAGGAACCGUGCUAGACCGGAGAACGGCAGCAGGGGGCGACAGAGAUACCAGAAGCAGCAGCAGCAGCAGCACUGUGGAGACAUCAACACAGACAAGUUGUGGCAGAGGAAAGGCGGACAGAGGGGGGUGUGCCCUUCCUUCGCAGCCGGAAACGUGCUUCCAAAGUGCCCGAUCGCAGCUCCGUCCGACCAGAAACCCGGCGUCCACGCAGUGGUUGACGGUGAUCACACCCCACAGGACAAAAACGGCGAAGGCAGACCGCUGGAGGAGACUUUAAACCAGGCGCAAGAGGACAGCCACAUCGACUCCGAUACUGGCUUGGAUGCGCGUCUGGGCAAGAAGAGGCACCGGCGCAGGACCUCCAAGAAGAAGCGCAACUGGAAGCCUUAUUACAAACUUAACUGGGAUGAGAGGAAAGCCCUGGAGGAGAAGGAGACGGCCAGGGCUUCCCGGUUGAGAGAGGAGAUGUUCGCCAAAGGGCUCCCAGUGGCCCCCUACAACACCACCCAGUUCCUGAUGGAUGAGCACGACCGAGAGGAGCCCGACCUCAACACUGAGACCGGGGUCAGGCGGCCCUCGGGGGUCGGGGUCGGCAGCCGCACGGAGGACACCGGCAGCGAGGAGGACUUGUUCGACAACAACAACGAGGAGGAGGACGAUGACGACGGCAGCGGCGGAGGCGGAGGCAGCGACGGCAUCGGGAGACCCGGGAACGCAGGCGGGGAGUUUCUCCAGAGAGACUUCUCCGAGACCUACGAGAUGUACCACGUCGAGAGCCUGCAGAAUAUGACCAAGCAGGAGCUGGUGCAGGAGUACCUGGAGCUGGAGAAGUGCAUGUCCCGGCUGGAGGAGGAGAACAACCGGCUGAGGCGCACCGUGGAGCCCGGGGGUCUGACCGUGGAGAGCUCCCUGGUCCGGCUCGGAGAGCUGGAGAGGGAGCUGGAGAGACUGAGGGCCCAGAACACGGAGCUGCUCCUGCAGAACCAGCCGAGCAGUGACAGGGGCCACGUCGCAACCAAUUAAAAGGACACAAUUCACGGGGGGAACCCCUUUUCAAAAAGGUAAAAUAUGGGACUGCUGCAUUUAAAAAAUAAAUAAAUCAGUUUUAUGUAAUCAGUUUGUCAUUUGGACGAAGAGUCCUUGCAUUGCAAUGCAAUAAUUGCUGUUUCUUUUCUAUUUGGACUGUAAAGGUGUCCUGUUCAAUUUUUUGUUUUUCCAAGAAGAAAUGUAAAUAUUUCCAAAAUAAGAUUCUUUUUAUAAAGAGAAUGUAUUUGACAACACGAGAAUAUUUUAUUUGUUUCCCGGGUCAACUAAUAAUGCAGUUCCGUUUUUGAAUUUAAAAUAAAAACAUCGUAUGUUGCAAUUUCCUCUAAUAAAAGAAUAACGAAUUACAGCUAAUUGGGUCAGCUUUUAAAAGACUGUUUUGCAGAAGUAAAUUCCAGAGUGAAUAUUUUAAGUUGUGUGUUAACAUAAGUUCAAAUAAAAUUUUGAAAUUC